AUGCACGUCUCCAGGCAUCACUGGGAGGCUUUGCUGCAAAGGUAUGGCCAAUCUGUGUCCGAUGUGCUGGAUGCUGUGCUGGAGGAGGUGUUGGAUGGCAUUUCUGAGACCAUCUACGCGCCGGAGCAGCAGCACGUGGAGGAGCUGAGCUUGCCUCCGCGACCGAGGAGGACGGAGUUGAGAAAACCUUCCACCCGGGCGGCGCCCGGCCCACGUCGCGCAGUCGGAUGCGACGGAGAGGUCGUUGAGAUGGAAGGGGAGAGCUACACUCCGGAGGACCCCCACCGACGAAUGGGCCCGGUAGAGGCGGGCAAACGGAUAGACUGGGAGAGCUAUGUGGAGGAGCUUUGCAGAUCAGAGGCGAGAUGGUGGACAUCGGAGGGCGUCCCCACGAUUCAAGAGGGUGAGCUGCGCCUGGCAGCAGCACGCGAGGUUCGCAGCAGUCUGACCUUCACUCGGCGGGCCUUGCUGCUGCGGGUGGCCACCGGAGACUUGGCCCAUCAGCGUCCCGUGCUGGACCUUGGCGACACAGAUUCAACCCAGCCGGCAGUGUUGGUGAGCCCCAACGACAUCACCCUCUCUCCGGCUGUGACCAAGUUCGGUCGAGGCUCCAAGCGAAAGAUGCUGCCGGACUUGUGCAUGACCGAGCCCAUCGCGUCCCGCUCGCACUUCACCGUUACCUUUGACAAGGACACCGGCAGGUAUUCGAUCAUGGAUGCCGGAUCCAAGUGGGGGACGUUUCUUAAGGUGAGUGCGGAGGGUGAUCUGCUCAAGUGCGGGGACUGGCUGCGUGUGGGCAACGCCGAGCUGGUGGUGCGGUACUGCGGUGGCUUUUGCAAGUCGCACAGGUGGCAUGCGCGAAGCAGACAGCAUUCGCUGCUGCACGUGCGGUCCAUGUGCGCGUUAGGCGGAAAUCGAAAUCCUUUCAGCCUAAGCCACAGCGAGGAGGAGGAGGAGCAGCCAGCGCAGGUCGCCAACCUCUUCAGUGGCAGGCAGCGCAGGCCAUGGACAACGUCCAUGGAGAAGAUUUGGCAGCAGCCUGCGCUCCAGCAGGCCUCACUCGAGACCAGGAACUCGGAGGAUGAGCAUCCCGAGAUGCCCAUGACUGCGGCACCAUUGGAGCUCGACUUUGUUUCUGGCCCGCGGAUGGGUGAGAGGCUGGUGGUUACGGAGCGCUACUGCACCAUCGGACGGGCAGAGGCUUCCACAAUCCAGGUAGCGCAUCCCUGUUUCGCGCAGAUCAGCGACCCCCUACUGGGCAACGUGUCCCGGUUGCAUUGCACCCUGCAGCACACCGCGAAAGGCGGGGCUUUAGCGAUCGAGAUGCGCGAUUUGAGCGGUGGGGGUGAAGCGUGUCCGUAG